CAGUUCAGUUUGGCCAUACGUGGCGUCAUUUCGGCCUUUCUGCGACGGUCCUCGGCAGGGCUCCCCGUCCCCGCGAGCCGCGAAGCCGUAAAUCCCCGGAGAGGCAUUUCCUCGAACACCUGCCGCGCGCGCCGUCCGCCCCCAAAAACCCUCGCCCCAAACCCCGCGCCGGCCGAAGCGGCGGCUCCGUGCGGAUGCCCUCCCGUCCCGUCCCGGCGCGCCCCGGCCGGCGGUAGUAGGAAGUGGGGGGCGCCGAGCGUAAGAUGCGGCGCUUCUCCCCGGCCGCCGCGGCGCUGCUCCUCCGACGCUCGCUCGCCGCCGCCGCCGCCGCCGCCUCACCAGCGCUCCGCUCGGGUCCGAGACAGCUGGUGCGUGCCUCGCUUCUUGACGAAAGUUUGUCUACACAGACGAGUUCAGCGGCUUCAACCAUGGCUGUGCAGUACCACCAAUGGUCUAGUUCAGCAGACGGGGAUGAUGAUGAGGUUCUUGAGGCUUUCAAUCGGGACUGUUGUACCGAUGCAGGUGCUGGUGUUUUGGAUGAUUCAGCAUCUACUGCCUAUGUUGAGAAGCUCUGCACAUCAGGCAACCUCCCUGAUGCUGUUCAGAUUCUCCGACAUUUACAUGAUAGGAAGAUCCAUGUAGGAUUGGGUACGUUUAAUUUGGUGCUGGAGCAAACAGGCGAAGUGAACAACUUCGUUCUUUUUGCCAAGGUGUUCAGGUACCUGCUGCUUUCCAAAAUAGCUCCUGACUUGACUUCUUAUACAAAUGUUGCAAAGGCCCUUCAGAAGUUGGAUGACUAUGAACUAAUACUUAAAUUUGUGAGACAAGUUAUGGAAAUUACACAUGAUAGAGAUCCUACAGUGAUGAAUCGCAUUGUUUUCACCACGGCUAAAUAUGGACAGAUUGAUAAAUGUUUGAUCAUAUUUGAAGAACUGAAGAAAGAUCAAAGAGGGUUAGAUGUUGUCACAUUCAAUACCAUUUUGGACAUGCUUGGAAAGGCUGGUCGGGUGGAUCAAAUGCUUCAGGAGGUGAAGCUAAUGGAUGAACUUGGCCAUUCUCCUGACAUUGUUACAUACAAUACUGUAAUAAACUGCUUGCGGAGGCUUGGAAGGUUAGAUCAGUGCAAAAUCUUCGCAAGAGAAAUGGUUGAGAGAGGCAUCGAUCCAGAUUUAAGAACAUAUACUGCACUGAUUGAUAUUUUCGGGCGGGCUGGCCAUAUUACUGAAGCCCUUGAAAUGUUUGACCAGAUGAAAAGGUCACAUCAACCUUCAAUUUAUGUCUACCGGGCCCUAAUCAGUGACUUAAAGAAGGCUGGACAGUUUGAACUUGCACAAAAGUUAUCUGAAGAGAUGAAAACAAGUGCUUCAGAAUUACUAGGCCCUGAAGAUUUUAAACAUAAGUUCAAGGGUAGAAAGAUCAACAAGAACAAGUAAGAAAACUGUCAAUGAUCUUCCAGGUGUGAAUAUUUCGUUUGCAUGUGCCUUGUGCUCAUCCACUGUUUCAGCCAAAGAUUCUGGGAUAAGUUGAAAUUUUUCAGGGAAUGUAUCUCAUUAACAAUGAGAUAAUCACAUGGGCUUACAAAAGAGUGAUGAUUACUAACAGAUACAAUGAUAUCAGGCCGAGAGAACCAGAAUAUAAAUCAUAAACCUCUUUGAAAUAUCAUGGUUGGAGGCUUUUGCUGAUGUGCAUUUGAAGAGACAGGAACACACUUCUCUCAUUUAUAUCUUCACGGAUGCAAGAGAUUAUCUAGAGACAGGUCCUUUGCUUAUGAGACCUGAACUGUUUAUCUGAGAUUGUUCCACCAUAGCGCAAACUUGAGCCAAUGAAGAGUUAAUUCUCGAUUGAAUUAUGUGUGAUGUGCUUCUACUGGAUUAUCAUGUGAAUGACUUGUGAUUUGUUCAGCACUCACUGGUUCAAUUUCUGCUUGUUCUGCACUUCUACAAGUUCAAUUUCAGCAUUGCCAUUCAUGUUCAGUGCCGUGAAGAAUAGUUGGAGCCUUGAGUAAGUUGUUUAGGUCCUUGUCGUGGAUCACUAGAUAUAACAAAUUAAAUAUAGAUCACAUUCUUUUAUUGUCCUCUACUUUGCCAUGCAGCCAAGUAGAAUAUUUUGUACUCAUGUAAACUGUUAGUCCAAAGGAAGUGGCUAAAUUUCUGUCGAUUUUUCCUCCCAUUUUAUUAGUUUUUUGGAUCUUUGGAUUGCAUAUCAAGAUUCGUGCAAAGAAACUGAGGUUCCACCUGUUUUGUUUUUUUAUUCGAACCCCCUUUGUUACUGCGCCUCCUCCUUUUUGUUUUCUUUUCACCAGAUGGAGAGAGGGGGGAAGCUACAUGAGAGGAGAGGUGAUGGGGGCGAUUUCGUCGCCGGUAGAUCCUGCAGCGGUGAGCUUCCUGAUCCCUCCUGUCAUUUUUGUGUUGAUUUUGUCUUCCUUGUCCUCUGCAGGUUUCAGCAAUCUAUGACUGGAGGCCAGUGGUGUCGAGCUUGGCCAGGCUUUUGUCGGUGUAGCACUUCUUCUGUCUGUUUCCACAUUAGAGAUACCUAGCUUUAGAUGAGCUCACCUCUGAAGUCAGCAUGCUCAAUCUUGAGCGUGCUAGGCAAAUAAAGAGUCGACUGGUCGCUAUAUCUGGCAUAGUUCACAAGGUCAGCUUGAGCAUUAUGGUCAGGGAUGAACUACAGUGCUAGCUAGAUGACGACAUCGACAUGACAAAGCUCGCUUACCACUCAGCUGGCUGCCAGUCAUCAAGAUUUGACAUCGAGAAAGAAGCAAGCGAGCUCGAAGAUAGUAAUAGGUAUACUCCUACAAGACAAAAAAAAAAAAAAAUCUUCCACAAGUUGAUAAGUUGGUGCUUCAUCCAACCAUGGACAUGACGUGUGCCUGAAUGCAGCGCCAGGGAGGACGAUGUUGAUAAGUUGCAAACAUGCUUCCACAAUUUUCAUGUUUUCUUGGGAUGAUAGCAUACGGAGUAUAAGCCUUCAUUUUAUAUUUUUACCUACAAUAUUCAGUCAAGCAUCUCACCCUUUUACUUACUGAUAACAAUGUAAAGAUAGAUGCAUUGCUCGAGUACAUUAAAAUUGGAGUGGCAUUAGUUUUGAA